AUGUGUGAUUGUUACAGGCACUCGGCAGUGGACGUGUCCAGUGCUGCCAAGGAAAAUGAACACUCCCGAUGGACAGACGGAAACAGACUGUCCACCCUGCCGACGGGCGACCGCUCGAACCUGCUUCGCUCGCACGCGGCGAAGUCGGCCGAGUGCGGGCACAGCUCGCCUCGCCCGCGCCGCGUGCCACGCGAGUCGCGCCGCGUGUCGCUCGCGCAGGCGCCUGGCUACGUGCAGCUCAACCAGUACCGGCUGCUGGAGCCUAUUGGACAGGGUUCAUACGGUAUCGUCAAGUUAGCUUACAACGAAGAAGAUGACACACACUACGCAAUGAAAAUCUUGUCAAAAAGGAAGCUGAUGCGGAGAGCGGGGCUCUUCGGGCGGGCGCCCCCGCGCACGCCGGGCCGCGGGCCGCCGCCCGACCCGCUGCAGAGGGUGUACCGGGAAAUAGCCGUGCUCAAGAAGCUGGACCACCCGAACGUUGUGAAGCUAGUGGAGGUUUUGGACGACCCUGCAGAGGACCAGCUGUACUUAGUCUUCCAGCUGCUAGAAGGGGGUCCCGUCAUAGACAUCCCCACCGAAAACCCGCUCAGCGAACUGUUGGCGAGAAAGUACUUCAGGGACGCGCUACUAGGAGUAGAAUAUUUACACUACCAACGCAUCGCUCACCGGGACAUCAAGCCUGCAAACCUGCUCCUCGGCGAGGGCAGGGUGCAAGUGGCAGACCUGGGGGCUUGUGGAGAGCUGGCCGGAGCCGGCAGACUGACUGGGGCUGUGGGCACGCCAGCCUUCAGGGCACCUGAGGCAGCGGCCAACGCCGACAAGUAUAAUGGAGAGGCAGCUGACAUUUGGUCGUUAGGAGUGACGCUAUUCGCGAUGGUGACGGGUAAGGUCCCCUGGGGCGGGCCCACGGCGGCCGAGCUGCAGAGGAGGGUCCUGGACGAGCCGCUGGCGUUCCCGCAGCGGCCGCAGCUGUCGCGGCAGCUGAAGCACCUGCUGGGAAGGAUGCUGGACAAGAACCCGGCAACGAGGGCCAAUAUGCAGCAGAUUAAGGACCACGAAUGGAUAACGAACUCCGGGCAGGAGCCGCUGCCGUCGGAGCAGGAGAACUGUCGGCUCGUGGAAGUCACGGACGAGGACAUGGCGCAGGUCGUCACCUCCAUCCCCAACCUCUCCACGCUCAUACUCAUCAAGACCAUGCUCAAGAAACACAGCUUCCAGAACCCGUUCCUCCGAAGCCGAGAGGGCAGCACAGCACGGCGGGAGUCAGGCAGCGGGCGCGGCGAGCUUGAGAAGUGCGCAGCGAGGCGUGGCCAGCUCGCCAGGGCGGGCAGGUCGCUGUCAGCGCCGGGGAACUACCUCACUGACAGACAACAAUCCUUCGACAUCAACCUGGAGUCGGUGCAGGAGUCCCGGGACCAGAGCCAGGAGGUCCAGAAGGAGAACGGCCCUGAAGACAAACGCGUGCAGUCCGCGCGGUGAUACGCGCCCCCCUGUCGCUCCCUCACCAUGAGGGGGCCAAGUCCCAAGCAUUGCAAGAAGACGAAUCUUCUGAUGACUUAACGACUGCAUAACUUUAAUUUUAAACUUUUGUAUUUGACUGCUCGUCAACGUUGAACAAAUAACGUAACGUUAUUUUGUUCGCUAUUGUAUGGAAUGACAAGCAUUUGCUAAAGCUUAAGCGCCAUCUAAUGGCCAUGCGCAUCUCUAAACAUUGAAUUCAAUAUUUAGUAAUUCGAUUAGAGUAGGCAAUCGGUGCCUACCAACCGAAGAACGAAUAGAUUUGCUAAAAAUGAGUGGCUUGAAUUAGUAAAAAAAUCUCUGAACGCCGCUGGACCUUACUUCAAUCAGAAUUUUUAAGAAUCCAUGUUCUGUAAAGAUCCAAGAAACGAAAAUGAAUUGAGUAAAUUAGUGAGAUAAAAAUAUUGAUAGUGUACUGAAGUACCUUCUUUUUACUGGUGUAUAAAUAUAAUUAUGUUCAUGAAAGUGACUUACAGAACCUUGGGUUUAUUGACUUAACUGGGUGCCUAAACGACACUCGACUUA